GGGAGAGGAAAGCUUGGGGAAGGAGGGGGCCCCUAAGCCUGGAGCCACUCACUCAGCAAAUAUUUAUUGGGUGCCUACGAUGUGUCAAGCACUGUUCAGGGCACCAUGCAUAGAGUGGUGAGCAAGCCAAAGUCUUCCUCACGGGGCUUAUGUUCUAGUGGGAAGAAACAGGAGGUGAACAAGAAGACUCACAAAUAAGAUCAUUUCACAUGGUGGGGACUGCCCAACCGCCCCCGCAGACGCCCAUGGUUCAGUGCUCACCAGGCUCCAGCCUGCCCCAGCAUCCCCCGCGCGGCGAAGAUGGGUGCCCCAGGGAAUCUGGCCACCAUGCCACCGCCUCUCCUCCUCUUCUUCCUCCUCUUCCUUACCCCUGUGGGGGUCAGGCCUCAGAAACCGCUGCUGGUGAAGGUUAAAGAAGGCGACGCUGCAGUGCUGCUGUGCCCCGAUGUCACCCGUGAAGUGCUGGCCUUGUCUCAGAACAAGUCGGAAGCCUUCACGAAGCUGGACCGAGAGCUACCAGACCUGGGCAUCCAGCUGCUCAUCUUGAAUGUCACUGACCAGAUGGGGGGCUUCUACCUGUGCGAACUGGGGCCCCCUUCUGAGCAGGCCUGGCAGUCUGGCUGGACAGUCAGCGUGGAGGGCAGUGGGGAGCUGUUCCGGUGGAAUGCUUCAGACCUAGGUGAGCCAGACUGUGGCCUGGGAAACAGGCCCUCUUCUGGUCGUCCCCUAAGCUCUCAGCUGUAUGUGUGGGGCAGAGACCAUCCUGAGAUCUGGGAGACAGACCCUGCAUGUCCUCCACCUAGGGGCCACAAGGAAGAUCUCACCGUGGCCCCUGGCUCUACACUCUGGCUGCCCUGUACGGUACCCCCUGCCUCCGUGGCCAGAGGCCCCAUCUCCUGGACCCAUGUGCACCCCAAGAGGUCUAACAUCUCAUUGCUGGGCCUAAACCUGAGGGAGGAUGCCCCAGUCAGAGAGAUGUGGGUCCUGGGCACCCUCAGGGGAGGGGCUGUACUGUUGCUGCCCCAGGCCACAGCUCAUGAUGCUGGAACCUAUCACUGUUACCAUGGCAACACAACCAUCAAGAUGCGGCUGAAGGUCACUGCCCAGUCAGCAGUAAAGUAUUGGCUCCUGAAGAACGGUGGCUGGAAAGUCCCUGUUGUGCCUUUAGUUUAUCUGAUCUUCUGCCUGAGUUCCGUGGUGGGCUUUCUUCAUCUUCGAAGAGCCUUGAUCCUGAGGAGGAAAAGAAAGCGAAUGGUUGAUCCCACCAGAAGGUUCUUCAAAGUGACACCUGCCCCGGGAAGCGGAGCCCAGAACCAGUACGGCAACGUGCUCUCCCUUUCCACGCCCACCGCUGGCACGGGACGCGCCCUGCGGUGGGCUGCUGGCCUGGGGGCAGCUGUCCCGUCCUACGGAAACCCGCGCAGCAACGUCCAGGAGGCCAGAGCGGAGGGGUCCCGGAGCCCGCCGACAGCAGGCCCAGAAGAAGAUGAAGGGGAGGCCUAUGAGGAGCCAGACAGUGAGGAGGGCUCUGAAUUCUACGAGAAUGACUCCAAACUUGGACAGGACCAAUUGUCUCUGGAUGGCAGUGGCUAUGAGAACCCUGAGGAUGAAGCCUUGGGUCCUGAGGAUGAAGACUCCUUCUCCAACGCAGCUGAGUCUUAUGAGAAUGAGGAUGAAGAGCUGGCCCAGCCAGUCACCAGGACAAGAGACUUCCUGAGCCCUCAUGGAUCAGCCUGGGACCCCAGCAGGGAAGCAACCUCCCUUGGGUCCCAGUCCUAUGAGGAUAUGAGAGGGAUCCUGUAUGCAGCCCCCCAGCUCCGCUCCCUUCGGGGCCAGCCUGGUCCCAGUCAUGAAGAAGAUGCAGACUCUUAUGAGAACAUGGAUAAUCCUGAUGGGCCAGAACCAGCAUGGGGAGGAGGGGGCCACAUGGAGACCUGGAGCCCUAGGUGAUUCCCUUCAGCCUGGGCCCCCUCAGGCCCGAGAUCCACACCCAACCCUGAAAUCUGGGGCCCCCAGCAGAUGGUGUCCACCUCUGAAGUGAUGUUGCACAGGAUUUGUGUAUGUGUGUGUGUGUACAGAAGUGAAACUCUGGCCCCCUUUGUGAUCUCCAAAUAAACUCAUGAGCUCUUCCA